AUGCAAAAUAAAAAUGGAAGCAUAAAUUAUAAAGAUAAAUUAGUUUCUGAUAAAACAGGACCUAAUAAAAUAACAGCUACUCAAUUAAAAAAUGAAAUUGAAAAAGUCAUAUCUAACAUUAAUAAGGAAAGUGCUGAAAAUAUUGAAAAUGAUGGUUUUAAAAAGGUUACCUAUAAGAAAAAAACUAAACCAAAUACAACUAAAGGAACUGCAGAACAAGAAGAAACUGAAAAUUUUAAAGCCUGUCCAUCAAAAAUGUGGCUCUACAUAGGACGGGUAUCUGAAGGUGUGGAAGAAGUUGAUGUUAUAAACUAUAUUAAAAAAAAGUGCAAUACAGCUGUAGAAACUGACAUUGUAGUCAGUCAAUUAUCAACGAUAGGAAAAGCAAAAUCAUUCAAGGUAGGAAUAAGCAACAAAUAUCAUGAAAAUUUAAAUCAAGCUAGUUUCUGGCCUGCAAACAUCAUCAUUAGAAGAUUUAAUUUCUGGGCUCACAAGAAGAAUUCUGAAGAAGAGACAGCAAAUUUUUCAAAACCCACAGAAGAAAAAAUGAAUUAA